GGGAGAAGCAAAUGCAUUGUAGGCAGAAGAUGUUAUAAAAGACAGAUGCAUGGGUACAAUCCAGCUAAAGCACUGCUACAACAGGAAGCAUUGCAAAAAUGAAGAUGGUCUCAGCUCUGUUGCUGCUGGGCAUGCUCCUGGGUACCAGCGCAGUGCCUUCUCCUCGGCUGUCCUGUUACAAGAGGGAGAUAAGAGGACACGACUGUCACAGCAUCCCUGAAGGUGCAGCUAACCUGCGACAAAUUGAUCAAAGUCUGCAAGAUCACUUUUGGGAAGGGAAGGGCUGUGAGAUCAUCUGUUACUGCAGCUUUAGCGAAUUACUCUGCUGCCCAAAAGAUAUUUUCUUUGGACCAAAGAUAUCUUUUGUGAUCCCCUGCAACAGUCAGUGACUGACAUCAAACCUACCAGUGAAGAUGACAGGCACAUCAGUCUACAAUUACCCAACAGUGCUUAAAGAAAAAACAAAAAACACUCUUCCUUUCUAACCACAAUAGAGUGCCUCUUCUUACAUUGUAUGAAAAUUUAUUUUCUAUAUCUUUUUGGAAUCUUAGAGAUGUAAGUAGUAAAGUUUUCCUUUCAAACUUAGUAGCUGCCUUAAUUUCCAUAAUACUUGGUACAACGCACAUCAUUGUCUCAAUAUGCUUCUCCCAGCAAAAGGCCUCUCUUUUUAAAUAAGGACAACAUUCCCAACUAGUUUGAUAUAGGAACUUUAAACUUAAUAUUUAAUGUGGUUAAGAAGGUGACCCUUGUAGCAACCUACUGUAUAAUGCAGUUAAGACUAUGACUUCUCGUAGCAAUCUUCCAUAACGUUCCAUAACGCAGCUUCCUGUUGCUUUACUGUUGUUACACAGUUAAUGUUGUUUUGAGCUGAAGCUACUCAAUACCUGGCACUUCUGUAGAUAGGUUGCCAUGUUCUAUUUAAGCAUCUUCGAGAAAGGAAAGAAAGACAGCAAACUUACACCACUUGUAUUUUGAAAAUUCCAAAAUUCCACUGGAAAAAACUGUCAAAGCUCACAUUAACAGCAACUAAAGCAUAGUCAUAAUUAUGUCUAAAUGAUCACCUACAUAACAAUGAAAUGCAUAAAAACUUAGUUAAAAUGUUUAACCUUAACAUUGCACUUCUAUCAGAAGAGCAGCUAGAGCGUAUACAUUCAGAACGGCAUCUGAAGAGGCUACGACUGAUGCAUGGUCUGCUAAGGCAACACAAGAACCCCUCACUUAAGCAGCUUUUGGAUCAAGCUUUGUUUGAAAUACAGUACCUCAGAAUAAAAUGCCUUGUGUUUAGGGUAGCUUUGUAGGGAAGUCGCUAGCAGUGAGAAGACAGAGCAGUAACUAGAAAUAUAUAUCUCAAAUCAUCAUAAUGUUUAAGAGUUACCACGGUCUAGACUGUAGAUGUGUGGUUACCUCUCACCAUUUGCUAAUAUUGAUUGUAAUACAAGGAAAAUAGCUAAUAGUUUAACAAAAGCCACUUGAAUAAGCCAGACUUACAGGUAGCAAGCUACCUUAUUGCCUAAUAUACACAGAAACUCUUCAGCUGUCAAGUCAGUCACAUGGAAAACACAUGAUAUUGAUGGAAAUAUUUUUAGUCUUUCUCCCUCAAAGCAAGAUACCAUGAAUCCAAUAAUCUUAUAACCUUACUCCAUGAAAACCGCUACCACCAGAGUUUUACUUCACAAAGAGUAGGAAAUACUGCAGUGACUGUGUUCUUCAUCCUUUGGCAAAUGAGGGUUUAAUACUAGUUUUUGUUUUGAUUAUAC